AUGGCCACCAUGGCGCGAGAGACGCCGCAGCCACAGCCUGAACAACCGCAAUCCUCAGCCUCGACCUCAGCAUCAACGGCUUCACCAUCUACACAGUCUGCGUUCUCACUGCCUACGUCUACAAAGCUGCUUAUAGGCGGCUCAGCCUUCUUUGUUCUCUCGACCUUCAUCACUCGCCGCUCGCUCAACCGCCGCCGUCUGGCUGCUAUUCCUCAGUUCUACACCACCGCCUCGCACCACAAACCCAAUGUCAGCGCACCGCUCGAGGCCCUGGAGGCUCUCAACCUCGCUACUCUCAAUGUCGUGGCCCUGGCCAUUCUCGGCGUCGGAGCAGGGAUGAAAGCCGUUGGAUUCGAGACCCUCGACGAGCUGCGGAGGAUAGUCCGUGGUGGACUGGGAGCUGAUGGCACGGGGAGGACGGAACAGCAGGUGGAGGAAGACAUGGAGGAAUGGGUUGUCUCCGUGCUGAAUCGGAAGGCCAGCAAGGAGACCGCAAAUGCGAAGGAGGCCGAGAAGCAACGGGCACAGGAUGAAAUCCGAAAAACCUGGUUGAAUGAGCGGGGGAAAGAGAGGUGA